AUGGAUAGCGCUCCCCCAACCUACGAGGCAGCAACCUCGCUCUCAAACCCAGGAGUUCGAGACACCAAAUCAGCAUAUACUCCACAACCACAAUACCAGCGCCAUCUAUUCCCCCCCGCCUUCGGCUUCUACCACGCCUCGGGCUCCCACAGCGACAUGCGCAUCUCCCUCUCCGCCGAAGCCGCGCCCCUCUUCUACAUCAGCACCCACAACUCCCUGUCCAGCCAACCCUCAAUAAUCCUAAACAGCGCGCCCUCCCCCGCCUCCCCUCCUCUCGCCCACGCAGACCUACACACCUUCUCCUCCGGCACCGACAUAAGCAUUUUCUCGCCCCCAAACCCGCGCCCCCUCCUCACGACCUCCUUCCAAAAAGCCGGCGUCUUCUCCACAGCGCACACCUUCACCCUCCCCUCCCCCACCGGCUCCGGCUCGCAAACCUUCGAAUGGAAAUCUAGCUCUGGGCCCGAAGUGCGCGCUCUGCAGGGCAGGAGCCAUGGGUUGAAGCUUGUGACGGCGGGUGGGGCUGUUGUGGCGGUGUGGGCGCCGCCGCAGAGCGGGAAUAAUAAAAAGGGCAAGAUGGCGUUUAUUGGGGGGGCGAGGGAGCAGUUUGGGGGCGUGUGGGAGGUUAUGGUUGUUGUUACUGCGCUGGCAUUGAUGGAGAGGAGGAGGAGGAACAAUAAUAAUGGCGCGGGGGCUAGUGGGGGUGGGGGUGGAUGCUAG